CAAAACUGAGAAAUCAUGUGGGCGUGUGCUGGGAGGUUUGCAUUAAUCUUGAUACCGCUUGAGCAGGUGAAGAAACUUGUGAGUAAGUUCACUCUUCUCCUGUGAAUGCUAUUAAAGCCAUCAAUUCAUAAUCUGAUCGAUAUGCACAUAAUUCUAUCAAAACACCGCUCCAUGAUUAUUUUCAGUUACAUUUACACCUCCAUCUUCCAUGAAAGACCUCUCUUUCUUCCUCUUCAACAACUCUCUCGGUGCCAAGAUGAAGAAAGGCUUCAGAAACUCCUGCAAUAGCAACGCCUCCACCUCUACUCUCGACCAGCACCUCCCCGACUCAUCUAAUUGCCUCCUCACCCCGUCUCCCCUUCCGUCUCAACCAUCGCCCACCCUGGAGGACAUGAUUCUGCAGCUACAGUUGGAGGAGGAAAUGGCGAAAAACUCCAAGCUUUACGAAUAUGGAGUCCGCGGCAGAAUGUCAUGUGUUAACAAUUCUGAUAUUUUACGAUCUGCAAGGAAUGCGUUGAAUCAGUAUCCGCGAUUUUCUUUGGAUGGGAAGGAUGCAAUGUACAGGUCUUCGUUUCGAAACUUGAAUGCUGUCGAAAAGGGAAGGAAAUCGGUAUGCUGUGACCACGGACUUAGAGAAAGGAUAUUUUAUGGCUCAAAUGGUGAUAAAUCAGAUAAAUGUAAUCUGUUUUUGCCUGCAACUGUGGCAGGAGAAAGUGUAGUUUGGUGCAAACCUGGAGUGGUGGCAAAGCUGAUGGGUCUAGAGGCGAUGCCGGUGCCAACCAAUAGCAGAGAGGGUAAAGAAGUGAGCUGUAUUAUAAGGAGGCAAAAUCUAAGAAGAAAGGCUGAAAGAUGUGAAAUGGAGAGAAGAACUGCCAUGAAUCAUCGGGCGAGGGCUGCAGCCGGUUACAGAGUUCUGAAGCCGGAAAAUCCUGCAGGCGGCUGGCCAACCGGGCGUUUUCUUUAGAUUUUCCCAUCAUAUAUAGAUACAUAUAUCUAUCUUA